GGUGCCCAUUUUCUCGUUUCAAAAAUCAAAACCAAAUUCUCCUCCAUCUCAAGUCGGUUAUAUCUUUUUCCCCAAAUCCCCGCCAUCGGACCAUUACCUUACCCCUCUAUCGUUUCUCACUAUGCUUCUCCCUCCUAUCAAUUGCCGUUAAUCUGUCUAAAAAUUCACCCCAAAAAAUUUUAAAUUCCUUCACAUUUUAUAGGCCGUUAGGGUUUUUGCUCGCGAGAUUUAGUUUUAGUCGCGAAGAUGCCAGUUAAUCUCACGCGCAACGCGAUUGCGUCGAUCAACGCUGGCGAUGUGAACUCCAAGCCGUUGGUUCAGGUGGUGGAUAUCAAGCUGAUUGGCAACUCUCAGGAGAGAUACCGGUUUCUACUAUCCGAUUCCGAAUCCGCUCAGCACGCGAUGCUCGCCACUCAGCUCAAUGAACAAGUUAGGACCGGACGAGUCGAGAAAGGAUCUAUCAUCCAGUUGAUCGAUUACAUUUGCAGCACUGUUCAGAAUCGCAGGAUUAUUGUUGUUCUGAAUAUGGAGACUAUAAUUCCAGAGUGUGAAAUAAUUGGGAAUCCAAAACUUCUUACGGAUUCUGAUUCAGCAAGGCCUAAUAGCAAUUUGGAGCCUUCAGUGAAGUCUAGCAAUUAUAAAUAUAGAGCCAAUGUUCCCACUAACAAUGUCCAGAGUUUUCGCCCGACUAUUCAACCCCCGUACCAGCCGCCUCCAAAUUACAAAAUUCAGGGCCCAAUAAUGAAGAAUGAGGCACCAGCACGGAUUAUUCCUAUUGCUGCUUUGAAUCCUUAUCAGGGUCGUUGGGCAAUCAAGGCUCGUGUGACUGCAAAAGGGGAUCUGCGUCGCUACAACAAUGCUAGGGGGGAUGGGAAGGUCUUCUCCUUUGACCUCCUUGACUCUGAUGGAGGAGAAAUACGGGUGACCUGCUUCAAUGCUGUUGUUGACCGCUUCUACAAUGUUAUUGAAGUUGGUAGAGUCUACUUAAUUUCAAAGGGUAGCUUGAAACCUGCACAAAAGAAUUUUAACCAUCUGAAGAAUGAGUGGGAGAUAUUCUUGGAAUCAAAUUCAACUGUGGAGCUUUGCCCUUAUGAAGAUGGCUCUAUUCCAAGACAACAGUUCUCCUUCAGACCUAUCUGUGAAAUUGAGAGUGCUGAAAACAAUUCUAUACUUGAUGUUAUUGGUAUUGUGAUAACUGUUAACCCUUCAGUUCCUAUUUUGAGGAAGAAUGGUAUGGAAACUCAGAGAAGAAUUCUGAAUUUGAAGGAUGCAUCUGAAAAGAGUGUUGAGCUAACCCUUUGGGGUGAUUUCUGCAACAAGGAAGGUCAAAAGCUGCAAGAGAUGGUUGAUUCUGGGUUUUUCCCAGUUUUGGCUGUUAAAGCUGGCAAGGUCAGUGACUUCAAUGGAAAAUCAAUUGGCACUAUUUCUUCCACGCAGCUCUUUAUAAAUCCAGAUUGUCCAGAGGCACAGGGUCUUAGAGACUGGUUUGAAAAAGGGGGGAGGAAUACUGCUUCUAUCUCUAUUUCCAAAGAAAAUUUGCCUGGAGGAUCCAAGAAUGAGAUACGUAAAACCUUGUCUCAGAUCAAGGAUGAGGGUCUUGGAAGAUCUGAUAAGCCAGAUUGGGUCACAGCAAGGGCGACUGUAGUUUUCAUUAAAACAGAUAAUUUCUGUUACACAGCUUGCCCAUUGAUGAUUGGAGAUAGACAAUGCAAUAAGAAAGUGGCACGGUCGCUUAAAAAUAAAUGGCUGUGUGACCGUUGUAAUCAAGAAUUUGAGGAAUGUGAGUACAGAUAUCUUCUCCAGGUUCAGAUUCAAGACCAUACAGGACUGACAUGGGUAACAGCUUUCCAGGAAUCUGGGGAAGAAAUCUUGGGAUGCUCAGCGAAGGAAUUGUACUCAUUGAAAUAUGAAUUGCAGGAUGAUACCAGAUUUGGUGAAAUUAUUCGCAGCAGACUUUUUAACCAAUAUGUAUUUAAGCUUAAAAUCAAAGAGGAACUCUAUGGUGAUGAACAGAGGGUGAAAAUCACUGUAGUCAAGGCUGAAAAGGUGAACUACUCCGUCGAAAGCAGAUACCUUCUAGACUUGAUUUUGAAGAAUUUGCAAAUUAGAAAAAAAUUUUGAACGAAAGUAAUGAUUUUAGGAGCUGGAACUUUGGUCCUAUGUAGUUGAUUAACAUUUCUUUGGCAUUAUUUGUUACACAAUUGUUGUUAGUGAUUCAAGUUUUGAAUAUGAAUUGAUCAAAUAUUGUAGGGAUCUUUGAAGAAAUGUAUAGUGGCUAUAAUUCUGCAUGUUCUUAAUCUGAGGUGUUGCAUGUUAUUUUUUUUAAAGUAAAGCUUAAGUGACUUGAGCUAAUGAUAUUGCUUAUGCAGCAUAAUCAUUUCAGCAGUCGAAGUUUGAUGUAUUGAACAUUAAAUCUACACUGCCAUUGGCCGGUUUCGCCAUAGAAUGUUUUGUUAGAUUCCUGAUGAAGCAACCUAAGAGAUUGGAAUCCAAUGUAGAAGAUCCCUACACAUUGCUGCAUAAACUUCUGUUUGUUUCCAUAAUUUAGCUGCACGCAAUCUUUUUAUUUAUGGUUUAUGAUUGCCUAUUAGUUUGAAAAUGCCAUGGCCCA